AUGUUCAAGAAGACCCUCGCUCUCAUCUUCGCCAUCUCCAUGGUCCUUGGUGCCUCUGCCUCUCCUGUUCUUGACAAGCGUAGCACCUGCCAACUCGGUAACCUUCUUCCCAGCGGUGGUGGUGGCAAUGCUUUGUGCAGUGCUCACUGCGUCAAGCAAGGCAACGUCCACGGUGGUCACUGCAAUGACGACGAUGUCUGUGUCUGCAACCAUUAA